CGGGCGGGAGAAGGCGGAGCGGCCUGCCCGGCGAUCGCCGAGGGCAGCCCGGUGAGGAUCCCGGUGCCCGUGGAGCCCAGCGUCCUGGCUGCGGCCUCCCGGACGCGCGAUGAAGCCCCGGCCCGCGAGGUUCGUGGACAACAGGCUGAAGCAGCGAGUCGUGCAGUACCUCACCAGUAACAGAUGUGGCAAAUAUGUGGACACUGGAGUUUUAGCAUCUGAUUUACAAAGAAUGUACAGUAUAGACUAUGGUCGAAGAAAAAGAAAUGCUUUUCGGAUUCAGGUAGAAAAAGUAUUUAGCGUAAUUACUAGUGAGAAAGAACCUAAGGAUCUAACAGAAUUAGAAGAUGAGCAUCUGGCCAAAAGAGCAAGACAAGGUGAAGAGGAAAACGAGUAUACUGAAAGCUCUUCAGAUCAUGAUUCAGAUAUGGAAGAUUACCCAGAUCCACAGGCGGCAAAUCACAUGAACAGCUCCCUGCUCUCCUUAUAUCGGAAAGGACAUCCUGACUCUGCUUCACGGACUCCCGAGAUGGAUCACAGAGAAGCCACCGUCUCGGCCCCACGGACACCUUCCGGAACAGACUCCAUUCCUUCGAAGACCCCUGCCAGGGGUUCAGAGGGAGGGUGGUUUAUUGAUAGAACUCCCAGUGGAAAGAUGGACCUGGCAGACGAGAAGAGCAAUCACAAGAAGCCAGGAUCCGAGAGAGAGGAUUCCAAAGACGCUUCUCUGCUGGAGAGUAAUGAAAAAAGGAAAGGCAGGCUGAAGCGCAAGGGAAACAAGAGGAAGAAAGACCUUCAGGAAGUAGACGGAGAAAUACAAGCCGUCCUGCAGAGGAAAGCUAAAGCCAAGGGGCUGGAAUUACAGAUCUCCAAGGUGAAAUUUGAAGAUGUUGGAGGCAGCGAUACGACAUUAAAAGAAGUCUGCAAGAUGCUCAUCCACAUGCGUCACCCGGAGGUGUACCGCCACCUGGGCGCCACCCCGCCGCGUGGGGUUCUCCUUCACGGGCCGCCGGGCUGCGGGAAGACCUUGCUCGCGCACGCCAUUGCAGGGGAACUGGACCUCCCAAUUCUGAAAGUAGCUGCCACGGAGAUUGUAUCCGGAGUGUCUGGGGAGUCUGAGCAGAAGCUGAGAGAAUUGUUCGAGCAGGCAGUGUCAAAUGCACCCUGUGUCCUCUUCAUUGAUGAAAUUGAUGCCAUUACCCCCAAAAGAGAUGUUGCUUCAAAAGAUAUGGAACGAAGGAUUGUGACCCAGCUCCUAACCUGCAUGGACGAUCUGAAUACCAUGGCUGCCACCGCUCAGGUCCUAGUCAUUGGAGCCACUAACCGCCCGGACUCAUUAGACCCUGCUUUGAGACGUGCAGGAAGGUUCGACCGAGAAAUAUGCCUGGGUAUCCCAGAUGAAGCAUCCAGGGAAAGAAUACUUCGAACUUUGUGCAGAAAACUAAGACUUCCGGAAACUUUUCAUUUCCACCACUUGGCACACCUCACUCCAGGCUUUGUUGGCGCUGACCUGAUGGCGCUCUGCCGAGAGGCAGCCAUGUGUGCGGUCAGUAGGGUCCUGAUGAAGCUGCCCGAGCCGCGGGCCGACCCUGAGAUGGAAGCUUUGCUCUCCAGAGGAGGCCGGGGAGACGGAAUCGGAACGAAGCCCGCUUCUGAAACACAGGAGCUUUCCCCGCAGGUGCCGAACCUGUCCUUCGUGUCGGCCGCCCAGCAAGCGUCGGAUGAAUUGCAAAGGCUGCUGGUGUUGCUGCGAAACCAGGACCCCCUCUCAGAGGAGCGGCUGCAAGGGCUGCGCAUUGAACUGAAUGACUUCAUUGUUGCUCUGUCCUCCGUCCAGCCCUCGGCCAAAAGGGAGGGCUUUGUCACUGUCCCCAAUGUGACUUGGGCAGACAUCGGUGCCCUGGAAGAUGUCAGAGAGGAGCUCACCAUGGCCAUCCUGGCACCGGUACGUAACCCCGAUCAGUUCAGAGCCCUCGGAUUGGUGACCCCAGCUGGAGUCCUCCUGGCGGGCCCGCCCGGCUGCGGGAAAACGCUGCUGGCCAAGGCGGUUGCAAAUGAGUCCGGACUGAACUUUAUAUCUGUCAAGGGCCCCGAAUUGCUAAAUAUGUACGUUGGUGAGAGUGAGCGUGCAGUACGACAGGUGUUCCAGCGAGCCAAGAACUCCGCACCCUGUGUCAUAUUCUUCGACGAAGUGGACGCCCUGUGCCCUCGAAGGUCAGACCGAGAGACGGGGGCGAGCGUGCGCGUGGUGAACCAGCUGCUCACCGAGAUGGACGGGCUGGAAGCGCGGCAGCAGGUUUUUAUCAUGGCGGCCACCAACCGACCAGAUAUCAUUGACCCUGCAAUCCUGCGCCCAGGACGCCUGGACAAAACACUUUUUGUGGGUUUGCCGCCCCCAGCGGAUCGCCUGGCCAUCCUGAAAACCAUCACCCAAAACGGCACCAAACCCCCACUGGCCGCAGAUGUCAGUUUGGAAGCCCUUGCUGGGGACCUUCGCUGUGACUGCUAUUCGGGUGCGGACCUCUCUGCUUUGGUACGAGAAGCUUCUGUCUGUGCUCUGAGACAGGAAAUGGCAGAACCAAAGAGUGGGAGCAAGAAAGGUGAGCUCAAGGUCCAUCAGAAGCACUUUGAAGAAGCUUUCAAGAAAGUAAAAUCAUCUAUAUCAAAAAAGGAGUGCUGUAUGCCUUAGCCAUGAGACCUGCUUAUUGCUGGACUCAAACUUCCUUUAAAUCAUUAGCCAUUUAUUACCCUAGGCCUGGUGUUUCCCACUGUAACUACUGAUCGAAAAUGGGGAGUCAAAGUCCUAGCGGUGACAGGUGAUGGGCUGCCCUGUCCCAGAGCCUCCGGGCUUGUUCUGAACAUUCUCGGUGAGGUGGCCACCUUCCCACGUGUAGUUAUUCUGUAAAGAUUUCAUUGUUAAGUGAUGGCUACACCCAUCGUGGAGCUCAGACUCACAACCCCGAGACCAAGAGUCGCACGUCCUAACGACUGAGCCCGCCAGGAGCCCCAGCCUUACCACUGUUAACUACAACACCCGGUUCAUUGGUGUGGGCCGGUGGGAUCUUUUAGGCAUGUGACCGACUGCUUUUCCGGCUGCAGUCGAGCGAGAGUCUGCUGCACCGGGACGGAGUCCUCCCCGUCUGUGGAGAAACAACUGUCUGCCUUCCCCUCCCGGGCAUUUUGUCGACCACAGGGAUGUGUGCUCGUUCCCCUGAGCAUCUUCUUGUAAAACACGGUCUUCUCGACUAAAACUGGGGACAGUUUGACAGUUCAUAGUCCUGGGGCUCUUCCUGCUAAUCAACAAGAGACUAGUGAUGUAAGCCCCCAAAGAUUCCGUCAGCAAAAGAUUGUUUCGGCUGAAAUGAUUUCUCACCUGCGGCGGGAGUCUGGGGCCUUUCCAGCAGUUAGAUGUGGACGUGGCCCCACAUUUGCCGUUCCUUCUAGCCUCCCUGUUUUCAGUUGAAAUGUAGUUGACGCGCAGUGGAGCAGAGCACAGUCCUGCCACAUGCGACAGCUGUGGCCAGCGCCAGGACCCUCCGUUCCCGCAGGAGGUCCUGGGGCGUCUGUGGAGGCCGGUGUUCCGGGCGACCCCAGGCCUGACCCGUCUUCCUGCUCUGACUUCUUCCGUCUGAGGACUUGGCACACGUGGAGCUGUGUGGCGCACUCGGCGCGUCCGGCUUCUUUGCUCAGCGUGAUGUCUCUGAGGUGCACGGUGUUGUGCGUCUGGAGUUUGGUCCUUCCCGCUGCAGAGUGGUUUCCCAGGGUAAGAAUGUACCACAGCAUCUCGUCCUUGCUCCUGCUGGGGGACGCUCGGCCGUUUCCGGGAUCUGGCUUUUGUGAAUAAAGGUCCCUUGAACGUGUGUGAGAUAGAGCAAGGGAGAGAGGGGGGACGUGUCUUCACUUCUUGUGGUAAGCACCCACACGGGCCUGGCUGGGUCUCGAACGCGGGCUGCUCCGCCCGGGCUUGGUGAGGGCUUCUGCUUCUCCAUGGACUCACGAACACCAGAGUGUCACUGUCCUUUAAUGUCAGCCGUCCCAGGGAUGUGAACCAGUGUCCCAGUGAGCCAGUUUAAGGGGGCAUUCCCCGAACAACCGGGAAGGUGAGCAUAUUUUCACAUGCUUGCCGGUCAGUUGGAUCUCUUGUUUCCUGGCCUUGUGCUUUGCCCCUGAAAACUCAAGUCGUUUCUCUCCUUAUUAUAAAUGUUUGUACAAAUUCUUAGCUUAGUCUGGAUUGAAGGCUUUUAUCAGAUGUGCACACAGAGGAUAACUUUCUAAAGAGCAGGAGCUUUUAUUAUUUUUUUUUUAUUUUAUUAUUUUUUUUUUUACAUUUAUUUAUUUUUGAGACAGAGAGAGACAGAGCAUGAACAGGGGAGGGGCAGAGAGAGAGGGAGACACAGAAUCGGAAGCAGGCUCCAGGCUCCGAGCCGUCAGCCCAGAGCCCGACGCGGGGCUCGAACUCACGGACCGCGAGAUCGUGACCUCCUGAGCUGAAGUCGGACGCUCAACCGACUGAGCCACCCAGGCGCCCCUAUUAUUUUUUUAUAUAAAAUUUUGUUUAACAUUUAUUUAUUUUUGGAAGACAGAGCAGGAGCAGGGAAGGGGCAGAGAGAAGGAGACACAGAAUCCGAAGCAGGCUCCAGGCUCUGAGCUGUCAGCACAGAGCCCGACGCGGGGCUCGAACUCACAGACCGUGAGAUGGUGACCUGAGCCGAAAUCGUGCAGGAGCCUUUUGACGUAUUACGUGUUCUGUCAUAAGAAGUCUGGGCUAUUUCAAGUUUGCAAAGAUUCUCUCCUUUGUUUUUUUUCUAGACGCAUAAUAGUUUUAGCCUUUACGUUUAGGCCUGUGAUCCAUUUCAAAUUACUGUUUUAGUUUGAUGCGACUUAGGGGUCAUGGUUAUGUUUUUCCAUGUAGCUGCCUACUGACUCUGACCCUACUGUGGAAAAAACUUUCCUACUGAAUUACCGCACCAUCUGUUUGAAAACCGAUUGACCGUAAAUGCAAGAAUCUCUUUCUGUGCUGUUCCAUUGGUCUUUACAUCUGACUUUAUGCUGCUGUAUCUUUCUUACCACAGUCUUGACUAUUAUAGAUAUAUAAGUCUCAAAAUCGGGUAGUAUAAGUUCUCCAAAUCUGUCCCUUUUCCCCCCCAAAAUUGUUUUGUUUAUUUUAGGCCCUUUGCGUUUCCAUAUAAAGUUUAUAAUCAGCUGAUCGCUUCCUGAAAAAGAAGCUUGUUGGGAUUUUGAAUGAGACUGAAUCUGUAUAUCAGCUGUGAGAGCAGAAGUUAAAAAUUCAUAAAC